UAAUUUGGUUUUUGGUAAACAAUUUCGUUCGAAUUGCUGCCAAUUUCGGUUAUUUGCGGUUUCGUACUAGUAUAUUAUUAUUGAUUAAAGUGGCUAAGUGGUUGUUUAUUGACAAGGAAAUAAAAGCAAGUAUAGUGACCUCGAAAUAGAAAAUUGGUUAGUUGCUUGGUUGAUAUAAACACGAAAGUUUGAAAUCCUUAGGUGAGUUUAAAUUCAGACAGGAGCUGAAAUAGUUUUCGUUUUUGGGCUGCAUUGCAUAUUAGAAGGAAGCAGUAACUUUCAACCUUAACAAGUUUAUCAUGUAGUCCAUAUCAUCGGGGUCUUUCGUGGUGAUAUAUGUUGAUGAGGAAGGUGGGCAAGUUAGAUUGUAGUAAAUUUGGGCAAGUAUUUCUUAAUUCCCUAAGGUAAUGUACAAUAAUCAUCUAAGGAUUUGAAUUUUAUGAUCCAUUUAUAAUGAUUUUUCCGAGUUCCCUGAGGUAAUGUACAAUACUCAUCUGAAGGAUUUGAUUUUAUGAUUCAUUCAUAAUGAUAAAUAAUUGCCGAUUUAGAGGCAAGUUUUAGUUAUUAUUUUAUUCAUGUUGCUUUGAUUUAUUGAAUUCUCCGUGCCUCCAAGACCAGCUAUCAACUAAACACUACAUCUUCCAAGCAGGUGGGCACUUCUAGAUAAGUAAUUUCAUUGUAUACAGAAUUUAUGUGGCUUCUUCAAAUUUUUAUUUCAAAUAGCUAGUUCAGAAAUGAUGAUGACUGGAUUCUUCCAUUAUAGGAUUAGACCCACUUUUUUAUGAAGUUUGCACCGACUUCUUCCAUGGGAGCCAGAAUUAUGAUUUGCAUUUGAUGAAGAGCGGGCACGGUUAAAUGUUGUGGAAAUGGAGAAAGAAAAGGAGUCAUCUCUUAGGAUCACUAUGGAAAAAGAAGUUGCUGAAUUGAAGUCCGUAUCUUCCUCUAAGCCUAAUGUAGACUUGGAGAAGGAAGUGACCCGUCUUCGCACUUGCAUUUCUGAGAGGGAGAUGGAGAUGGACCACCUUAAGCAGCUUCUUGCUGAUGAAAUAACAAGGGCUGAAGUAGAAAAAAUGUCUGCUGAGUUGGAGAGGACAACUGUUGCUGAAUUACAGAAAUCUCUAGAACAUGAAAAGAGAAAAACCAAUGAAGCUAGUAACACGGGUGAUGAUGCUACCAGGAAAGCUGAAGACCAUAGAGUUCAGUUAGAGACUUUAAGAAAAGAGCUCAAAAAAACAAAUUUGAAAAUGGAAAAAGUGAACAGACAGCUUGAAGCUGAAAAGGAGAAUGCUAUUAAAGAGAAAACAUGUUCCGAUGAAAAGGAGAAGAGAGUCCAGGAAGAAGAAUACCGUGCUAAUUGUUUACUUGAUCAACUGGAAGAGGAAAAGCGGAAAGUUGAGAAAUUGCAAAAGGAAAUGCAGGAAAUAAUGUCGUCUAAGAGUUGUGCUGAUACCUCUGAGUUAGAUGAGGUUAAGAGAAAGCUUGAAGCAGAGAAGAAGAAAGUUUCCAAAGAGAAAAAACGUGUUGCAGAAGAAAGGGUUAGAGUUAUUGAGCAAAAAAGCAUUGCAGAGGCCAAUGAGAAGAGGUUCACAGAAGAAAAAUGCCAUGCUGACGAGCUGUUGAGGAAGUGGAAAGAGGAGAAGCAGAAAGUUGAAAAGUUGCAGAUGGAAUUACAGGAAGUUCUGUCAUCUCAGACAGCUGCUAAUUCCUCUGAAUUUGAUGAGCUUAAGAAAAACCUUGAGGAAGAAAAGAAGAAAGUUGCUCAAGAGCAGAAAUGUGUUGAAGACGAAAAAGAAAGAGUAGUGGAGCAAAGAAAGAUUGCAGAUGAAAACAAGAAGAGGGGCUCUGAAGAAAGGUGUCGUGCUGAUAAACUGUUAGAGCAGUUGGAAGCGGAGAAGCAAAAGGUUGAAAAAUUGGAAAGGGAGUUACAGGAAAAUUUAUCUUCUCAGAAAACUAUCUAUUUCUCUGAGUCAGACGAGCUUAAGAGAGACCUUGAGGAGGAAAAGAAGAAAGUUGCUCAAGAGCAAAAAUGUGUUCAAGAAGAAAAGGCAAGAGUUAUCGAGCAAAGAAAGAUUGCAGAUGCAAACAAGAAGAGGAGCUCAGAAGAAAAAUGUCGUGCUGAUGAACUGUUAAGGCAGUUGGAAGAGGAGAAGCAAAAGGUUGAGAAGUUGCAAAGGGAAAUACAGGAAAUUUUAUCAUCUCAGAAAGCUGUUGAUACCUCUGAGCUUGAUGAGCUGAAGAGAAACCUCGAGGAAGAAAAGAAGAAAGUUGCUCGAGAGCAAAGUUGUGUUGAAGAAGAAAAGGCAAGAGUUAUGGAGCAAAAAAAGGUGGCAGAUGCAAACAAAAAGAGUUUCUCUGAAGAAAAAGUCCGUGCUGACAAGCUGUUAAUGCAGUGGGAAGAGGAGAAGCGGAAGGUUGAGACAUUGCAGAGGGAGUUAAAUGAUGUUAAUAGAAACCUCGAGGCCGAAAAGAAGAAAGUUGCUCGAGAGAGUAAACGUGGUGACCUUGAGAGUUCCGGAAAGGAAGAACAGAAAAGGCUUGCAGAAGCCAGUACUAAGAGUGCCACGGAGGAGAAGUGUCGUGCUGACAAGUUAUUUGAGGAGCUAGUGAGUAGCAGAGAAAUGAUUAAGACUUUAGAAAGGGAGCUGAGUAAGGUGAAUGACAUGCUUGAGGCUGAGAGAAAUGAGGUGUCUAGAGAGAAAACGCGUGCGGAUAUGCAGCAGUUGAAAUCAGAAGAACAAGAGAGAGUUGCCGUAGCAAAUGAAAUUAGGGCCAUGGAGGAGAGGUCACGCGGUGAUAAUUUAUUCCAAGAGCUGGAAUCUGCCAGAAAUAAACUGCAGGAUAUGGAGCAUGAGUUAAAUAAAAUUAAAUUAUGUAGCAGUUUGGGUAGGACCUCAAGUAUGGCCCCUUCUUUUGCUGUGAAUGAGCAGGCUGCAAGAGUUAAUCUCUUGAAGGAACAAUUGAAGUUUGAGAAGAAGCGUGUGAAGCAUGCCAAAGAAGUGGCCAAAUUAGAAAAAGACCGAAACAGCAUUUUACAGCACGAGCUACAGAGAUUUAAGCAGGACUUCCAGUGUCUAUUGGAUCACCUCGGUAUGCUAAGUGAUACUUUUGGUGCAAGAAAGGGUGUGACAAACAUACCUAAGAAAUUAGGCCUGUCUCAAAUGCAUUUUCGGGGUGACGAUGAGCUUAAAAUGUCUAGCUUGUCAUCCAGGGAUACUUCAUGUCUAUUCAAGCCAAACAUGCGAUCCUUGCAAGCAGGGCUUUGCAUGGAAUCAACCUCAGGUACGGAGAAUGAUUUGGAUCCUCUACAAGGGGGUUCUCGUGGAGAUACUAUACCAACUUUUGCCCUUAACUCGAAUACAGCAUCUUUUUCUGAUGAACAGUUGGUGGGAUCACAGGAAAGAGUUGCUGGGUCUCUUACUAUUUCUGCGGGGUUGCCAGUAGAGAACCCAAAUCAACGAGUAAAAAUUCUCUCAGUCUCUAAUGAGUGCUACAAACGGAAAACUGGUGAGAAAGUUUGCAUUGGUGGUGAACACAGCAUUAGAAGCCCUGUCGAGGUUGUAACAGAUCAUGCCAAAAAGAGAAGGAAAAUUCUUGAUGAAUUUGAGUCCAUCAAAUAUAUGCAUCUAGAAGGUAAAACCAUCUUCCAGGAAGUAGAAAAAAAGCUGUUCGCUUUACAAAAUGCAUUACUCCAACCCAUGAUGAAUGAGCAGAUAGAGAAGGAAAAUUUUCCAUUGCCUAAAACUAAUUUGUGUGGAAAUUCCGAUUGGCCUAGCAAGAAAAGGAAGAUAUUACCUGAACCAGAUGUAGUCUUUCAGCAAGCUGAUGAGCCUAAUGUGCAGAUGGAACCAGAUAAAUUUUUUGCUCCAAGCGCCACAGAGAUAAAGGAAAGCUCCCAGCCUUUAUCAGUUUUUGAGAGAGACAGGGUUGAACACAAUCAAGAUGAUGUGACGAACUUUGAGCAAAUGAUAUGUGGGGGUUAUAUGAAACUACUUGAUUUGGAUAAUGCGGUUGCUGAGCAAUGUUUUGAAUUGGCUAUAAAGAAGCCGGUGUCUCCUCUAAUCCUUCCCGAGUUUGAAUUGCUUGAGUUUGGACAAAAGAACGGAGCACAGACACAUAGUUUGCUUCCAUCUGUAUACAAGGCAAAGCACCAAAAGAACGGAGCACAGACACAUAGUUUGCUUCCAUCUGUAUACAAGGCAAAGCAUCAAAAGAACGAAGCACAGACACAUAGUUUGCUUCCAUCUGUAUACAAGGCAAAGCAUCAAAAUGACUCUCUAGUGCACAAUGAAAACCAGUUGUACUUUGUUAUGUUUGCUGAUUUGGAGGAUAUUGGCAGUAUAACCAGGGUAUAUGGUGCGACUAGAACCUGCUUAGCUCAGUGUAUGUUUCUUCAAACAGAUUUCUCAGUGCCGGAUAUACUGGGGGUCUUACUUUUGGAGACAGAUCUGAGUUCCAGGGAAAAAGCAUGUGUUCUUUUCUCUCUGAUACUACUCAAUUUUUCUGCGGUGUCAUCUAGCAAACCUGUCAAUUUCCGCAUCCAGGAGCAAAUGAAUUCUUUCUCCACACAUAUACACGCAGUGCUAUUCAACUCUGAUACGAGAGAUCUCUUUGCUAAAAUCUGCGACAUCCGUGAAUUACUUAAUUUGAGUGAGAAUUUUGUACUUAAUAGGAAAAUCAUGUCGUAUAACAUGACCUGCGAGUUGUUUGAUGGUUGUGGUUCAAGUGUUGAGAUUCUGCAAGAAGGGAAGAAAAUUGUCUUGUGGCCCAAGAUGGCAUCAACUGAUUUGGUUGUUGCAGGAAGCAUUGUACUGGCUUCUAUCUGUAAAGCAGUUGGUCACACUGGUUCUAUAUGUGAAGUUUCACUGAAAAUUCUCCAGAUUAGCAGAGCUGAUUAUUCACCGGCACUGAAAAUUCUUCACUCUUUUGCUCAUGUAUGUGGUGAAGAUUACUUUUCAGUCAGUGGUUACUCAUCAGUCAUGAAAGUCAUUAGAUCUGUGGUAACCUUCAUGGAGGGUUCUCUAGCAAAGAAUACCACCAACAAGAAUCUUCAAUCAGGGGAUGCUACUCAGCAUCAGUUUACUCCAUGUGUCAGAUGCCCAUUCUUUGAGGGCUCUGUGACUUUGGAAGAUGUUUCCUCAGAACUAUUAGAACAACUUCAAAGACAUAUAGUGCCCCAUGAUCCAGCUUUGUCGGCUCAUCCAUCAAACAGGGAAGCUCUUUCUUGCAUCCUGGGUGAUGUCCUAUCAUCUUUGGAGCUCAUCGCAUCUAUUACGGGCUGGGAUUGGGUACAUGACAAAAUUGUACCAAAGCUAUUUAAGAUGUCGGAAUCAAGUCAUCAGGAUAAGGUCUUAUCUACAGCCCUUGUUGUCCUUCUAGGUGAUAUUGGGAGACUGGGAGUAGAAGAACGUGGAUAUGAUGACACCGGAGUGGAAGGGAUAAAACGCCACUUGUUGGGUCUUUUACAUCAAACGGCUACCACAAAAUGUGAUACAACUCUACCCAUGGCAAUCGUUUAUGGACUGAUCGGUCUUUAUCCAAAAGGUCAUGAAAUGUUUCAGAAGGGUAAUAAUAUUUUACCUGAAGGCAACCAUUCUGCAUCUGCGUCGUCUGAUAUUGUAAGCAAGUUCCUUUCUUCUCUUAGCAGUGAGCAGAUGACCUCCUUGUCCAGUCUAGUGAAUCCUGAUAUAGGGGUAGCACGGUAGUUGCUUAGUUCGCUAUAAGCCUAAUUGUUGUAAGUAGGGCAAUUUUGCAUUUCAGCUAGGUUAUUGAUUGAGUUUUGCAAACCUUUUGACUUAUAUUAGAGGAAUGUCAGGCCCUUAGAUGAGAAAAUUGAUCCAAAUAGAGUUUGCAAAACCUGUUCGAUCGAUAUGUUUUCCGUUGUAUGGAAUUAUGAAAUGUUUUAGCACGCACCCAGUUUUUAAAGGAAGGGUGCUUGUUAUAUUCUCUUUUAUGUAAUGGAAAAUUUGUAUAUUUUAGAGCA